AAAUUGUUCUUCGGCCGGAUCCGAGCUUUAGUGUGCAUCGUGGAAACAAAUCCGAGAAUCCACCGUCGGUAUAAUUUGUAAAUAACCCUAUUUUGUCAGAGCCGAGUUGAGUGAAUAAUCGUAAAGGAUAUUGCAGACACACGUUUUAUUCUUGGAUAGUGCAGAUCAACACGGGAGAUUUUUGAAAGCUGAUAUUCCACAUUUUUCGACAUUGGUUUGUUUCGUAGCGUCAUUUUUUUUGCUCCGCACGAUUUUCACGACCAAGCACACUACACUGCCUGCUAAUGCUAUUCCCCACAGUACCAUACCACACCGUCAGGUGAAAGACCGCAGUGAAUAUCGGGGCUGGGGAGAUCUGGCCGACAACCGCGCGGCGUGAGGCUGAGCUGGAGCUGGCCUAAGAAAGUAAUGUUAACUUAGAUUUCGUGCUUGUUACUUCAGCCUUGCCUCUUGCAUGAAAUUUCGCUCUGGAACUGGAAUAAUUGUAAAUACUUAAAAUAGCAUCACUCAUCCACACAUACGACAUGUACGAGUAGACUUAACCGUCAUAAUUUGUUUGAUCUCGUCUCCACAGCUUGGAAUUAUUUGGAAUUACCGUACUCCGUACUACUAGUACUAGUACUACUAGACCUAACGACUAAACAUUAUUAGAUCUACUUCACUGGUCUUCACUUCAUAGUCUCAAGAACAACAUCACAUCUAGUCCAGGCAGCAACAAGAAAAUAACGGAACACGCGCCAUCCUCAACUUGUUCAAGGCAACCCUGAUUAAAGCUCAGCCACAAGCUUGUCAACAGCGACACAACCAUUCACUAGCCCGGGUCCGCGCGGGGGACAUCGUAGUAUCAACACCACCUGUGAUAAACGAAAUACUUGUCUGUUCCCUUGAGGCUGGCAGAUGGAGUGUCCUCACUUGUCCCACAAUGUCAAACAAGAAGUUUGUGAGAUAACAAAGAAGUCUCACGGCGAAUCCACUUCGUCGUGGGUAUGUGCAGUUUGUCGAUCUAACAAGAGUCCCUGGAUGUGUUUAGCUUGUGGAGUAGUUCUUUGUGGAAGGUAUGUGAAUGGGCAUGCCAAGAAACACUUUGAAGAAAACCAACAUUCUGCCUCCAUUAACUGUGAAAACUUAGCUGUAUAUUGUUACGUGUGUGAUGAUCAUGCUCUCAAUGAUAACAAAACAGAAACCAUCAAACGUGUUCGCCAAUUACUUCAAGCAAAAGUCAAUCUUCAGUAUGAGAAGCAGUUGAAGAGUUUAACAGGAGAUGUUGCAGGAGAUCAUAUAGAUGGUCCACCCAGGAAAAAACUAGCAGCAAAUACGAGAGCCAAUAUUCCAGGGUUGCGAAAUCUAGGAAACACCUGUUUUAUGAAUGCUGUACUGCAAUCACUUAGUAAUAUCAACCAAUUUUGUGGCUACUUCAAAGAUUUACCAGCUGUGGAACUUAGAAGUGGCAAGACGGCAGGGAAGAGAAUCUACAACACAAGAAAUAUGAAACAUGAUGACGUAUCAUUGGUAGAGGAGAUCAGGAAGACUUUAUGUGCUUUAUGGCAAGGCGAUCAGACAGCUAUCUCACCAGACUCACUCUUCUCAGUCAUGUGGAAGAUAUUCCCAAGGUUUCGGGGUUACCAACAACAAGAUGCACAUGAGUUCAUGAGGUAUCUACUAGACAGACUCCACACAGAACUCCAAGGCUCACAUUGGCCUACCACACCUAGGAAACAAACUAAUGGCCAUCCAACCAUUGUCAGUCUAAUAUUUGGUGGUCUUCUUCUAAGUGAAGUCACAUGUAGACCAUGUGGGUCUCUCUACAAGAAGAUAGAUCCAUUUCUAGAUGUAUCAUUAGAUAUUCCUGAAAGGUUUAGACCGAGAAGUAAAAAUAAGGAUGGUUCACAAGUAUGUAGGUUACAAGAUUGUCUAUAUAGCUUCAUAGAGGUUGAAGAGCUGGAGGAGACAGAACAGUACAUGUGUCCAAAAUGUCAACAAAGACAACCAUCAACUAAGAAAUUCUGGCUCAAAGCUAUCCCAAAUGUACUAUGUAUACAUCUAAAGCGCUUCACAUGGUCUGGUUUUCUACGAACUAAGAUAGAUACCUAUGUACAGUUUCCUAUGAAAGGCUUAGAUAUACAACCCUACAUGCUUGGUACAGAGUGUCAAGAUGAGAAUGUUAGCUCAACUGUUUAUGAUUUAGCUGCAGUCAUUGUACAUCAAGGGUCAGGGGCUGGUGCUGGUCACUACAUAGCCUUUGCAGUCAACAAUGGUCAGUGGUACUGCUUCAAUGAUAGUACAGUGACCCCUGUAGAAGAGAAAGUCAUCACCAGAUGUAAAGCCUACAUCCUUUUCUAUGUCAGUCAUCAAUUCAAGGAUGAUUUUCUUUCCUUCUCUAGCAUCCACAAUGGAAACAUUCCAUCAUAGUCAUGAGACCAGUCACAUGAUAUGUAGUUAGCAUGGACAAGAUUGCCUAUAUAUUUUUUUUAAAGAAUCGAUAAAAGAGAUGAUAUGAGAUGCGAAUGUUGUCAUGAUUGUUGUAAUAUCUUUAUAGGUAUGUUCCAGUAAUGGCUUGCUACUGAAACAUUCAAUGCUACAAAGGGUUUAAGCCGUGGCUCAUUUCUAAUGCAUCGUUUCUGUCCAUCAUUAUCAAUUGCUGUCUCCAUGUCCUUUAAUGUAUGCUUCAACGUCUGCUAAGGUUACAUUUGUUUCAGAGUAGUGGGAAAAGGUGUUUAACAUUUAUCAUGCUUCUAACAAUAAUAUGAAUGUAUGUAUGAAGUAAACACAUUUCAAAUACUAUGCAGCUGUUAAAAACAGAACACAUAAUGAUUCUUAUGCUUUGGAAAGGUAAAACCAGAGAGGAUAUAUAAGAGAAUAAGACUGGUAAUAUUGAUUGUAUUUUUAUGAUCUAAGAUUGUAUUAGACUUCAUUAUUCAAAUACUAAUUAAUGCUUUUUCUUAACGUUCAUUGAAUGACUCUAUUCCUUUGGUUGAGAAAAGGUUAGAUUAAUCUAGAAUCUGGACGGUCCCUAUACAACAUGUUGUGGAAUUAGAAGAUUGAUAAAGAAGUUAAUUAGUAAAGUCUUUCUUUGGAUAACUAGGCACUGUCUUACUAAGAGUUGCAAUAAGUUCAAAUCAAGCUCAAAAUUGCGAUUAAAUAAUUGAUACUAAUUUAUGAUUGAUUUUAAUCUAUUUGAAUUCAAUGUAAGACAGUGCCUUGGUGUACUUAAUGGGAAAUUCACUUUUUUGAUCAGAAAAAUCAGAGAAAAAAUUUUGUCAGAUGUUGCUCUCCUCAAAUUAGCAGCAAUCAUUCUAUUCUUAUCCACAUACAAAUAUUGUUUCAAUACAAGCCAAAAUGAUAAUUUGCAUUUUCAUAUUAAAGUCAUUUUAUUGUUCGUAUAAUGUUGCCAAUUUAGAGAGCUUAGAGAGCAUAAUGAUUAGUUUCAGUUAUACAUCUUCUAAUCAGUAAUGGCACAUCAUGCUUCACUUGAAAUGGUUUAUUUUUUCUCAGUUAUAUAUUUUCUCUAAUUAUUCAUUGCUACUUGUAUUUAGAAUAAGGAGAAACUGCAAAAUUUUCUGUUAACACCAUACUUUGGCCUGUAAACUGAAAUCCAAGUUAACUUUAGUAGACAGUGAUCUAAGUCCGGCAUAACAUCGUGAGAAGCCAAAAUUUUCAUUGGAUUUUGUUAUGUUUUUUGAGGUUUUUUUUUAAAUCCAUGCAGGAAUGGUAAAGGUAACUACUUCAAUUCAACCUCUAAUCUUAUAGAGAUUUGUGAUACAUUCGACUAUCCAUUAUGUAAACCUUAACUUGAAGCAAGAGUUUUUUAACCUGAGUUCAGAAUACAGGACAUACAUUUGGCUAGUGAUUUAUUGGAUACAGCGUCAUAACAACUCUUCAGUCUCUUUAGAAAUUAAUAUCUCUGUUUAGAGAUAAAAGGUUUUGCCUCCAUAGCCUUGUAGAAGAGUCAUUGAAGGCAGUAUUGCUGUAUCACUGAUGUCCAAUUUACAACAUAACUGUAAUGCCCCAACUCCUUGAUGUAAUUUGUCACCAUGUUUAUAUUCAGAGUAUGUCCAAGAGAACAUUAAUCCGUCCAUGUUCAUAUCUUGAUUUUCUCAAUGAUUGUUUUCAUGUUUCGUGGUCUUUGACGUUAGAAUUAGAUCCAAAUGGGGCUUUGGUAUACUGAUAGGCUAAUGACGUUAUAAGCAGUCCAUAUAUGUGCACAUCAUUAUUGUGGAAUACAUUUACAUUCUUGUUUGAUUUGAAUUGUCAGGAACACCAAGGGAUUGUAAGAGCAGUAAAUGUAAUGGGUAAUACAUUUCUUGAGAGGUAUUUAUAGAGUCUACUACAAACACAGGCACUAUUUACACAUUAUUGAAGAACUACACACUUAAGGUACCUUUGGAAGAGUUCUAACAUGCUCAUGGUAUUAUAUACUGUACAAGCUGUUAUUUUCGCGUACAGAAUUUUUCGCGAAUCGCGGGGGUCCCGACAUUUUUCGCGGGUUGUUAAAUUCGCGGCCGAUCGGCAAUCCGCGAAAAUAAAACCCCCGCGAAAAUAACAGCUUCUACAGUAGUUGUCGGUAUUUGGACAGUUUUAAAGAUACAAGUGUGUGUAAUUGUUGUAA